AUGGCGCUCAGCGGACAGGGCGUGUACCUGGGUAUCACCGACAAGGAUACCCUGCUGAGCCAGCUGGACGUGCUGCAGAAGAAGGAGGCUCAGCUGCAGACGAAGGAGCUGUUCAUCAUGGCCGCCGUCACCGGAGCAUCGGCAUCAGUCCAGGCGGCGUCAAUGUCCGUAGCUUUUCCAUCGAUGGGCGCCCUGCCAACCGGUACGGCGCCCGCCUCAACCGACACCUCAACGGAGGAGCUUACAUCCUCUUUCUCCUCCUCCUCCUCGUCUUCGACUACCACAACCACCUCGACUACCGCCGCAGCCGCCGAUGUGCCUGUCCCAGCGGCGGCUGCCGGUAGCAGCGGGGGCGGCGGCGGCGGCAUCGCGCACCGUGGUCCCGACAGCAGCAGCGGUGAGCACGGCGAUGCCACCACCGGCCAAGAUUGUCAUCACGUCGCCGACGACAGUGAUUUCGGCGGGGCUGAAACUGCUGGUGCUUCUGCUGUGCCUGCUUCUGCCGUGCCGGCUGCUGCCGCGUCUGCUGCUGUUGCUGCGGCUGUUGCUGCGCCUUCUGCUGCGGUGCCGGCUGCUGCCGCACCUGCUGCUGCUGCUGCUGCUCCUGCUCCUGCUCCUGCUCCUGCUGUGCCUGCUGCGCCGGCUGCAGCUGCUGUGCAUGCUGCCGCGCCUGCCGAGGUGGGCGGGCAAGAGGUUGUUGUGCCCGAUGGUGGUGCUAGCGGCAACGGGGUAGCUAGCGGUGCUCCCUCUCCGACCGUGGAGGCAGGGGCAGCACAAGUCACAGCUACCCUUGAAGGUGGGGGAGUGACGGGUGUUGCAGAAGGCGUUCGUGACCCAGGCGUUACUCCUGCUGCCGGGUAUGUCAGCGGUGGUGGUGGCAAUGGUGGUGUGAUGGGAGCGGUUCAUGGUGAUCUGCAGAUGGCCCCUGUCGAGCUGGCGUUGGCAUCCCCUCAUCAGCUUCUUGCCCAGUCGCCGGCUCCCGAACUGUCCAGCCCAACGCUCCACGUCGGUCGCGCACCCGGGGCAGCCGCCGAGUUUCCCCCGUCCCUAGAAGCGGUUGGUGUCUCUCCCGCUCAGCACCACGCCGCUGCAGCGGCGGGUGCGUCUUCCCCCGCGGAGUGGGCACGCGGAGAAGAGUCCGCUUUGGCGGGGCGGGGUGCAGGUCUGUUGGGACAUCACGGGGGGGUGAUUGGCGCCGAUGUCGGCGUGGUCGUGGGUGGACAAGGGCAAGGGGACCCCGUGGGGUGCGGGGGACCGUUACGGUCUGUAAAGAGACGGGCGGGAGAGGGAGGCAGCGGGCAGUAACAAGCGUCGUGCAAGAGCCAGCGCCCGGUGUCAAUACCCGGGCUGCAUGACGGCCCGUACGUUUGGGCGACAGGGGGACCGACAGGCUUCCUUCUGCGCCGUCCACAAGGAAGAAGGAAUGAUCAACAUCAAGGGACGACGUUGCAGCUCCCCGGGGUGCCAGCACCGGCCUGGCUUCGCGAUGCCCGGCGAGAAGAGGGGAAAGUUCUGCGCGUCGCAUAGGCAGCCAGGGAUGAUUGACGUCGUCAGUCGAAAAUGUCAGGUCGAGAGCGGAGACUGUGACCGUCAGCCUGUCUAUGGAUGGCCGGGGGAACGUGCCACCCGCUGCGGGACACACAAGCUCGAACGCACGCUGACCACUCUCGCCACCGGGGCGGAGGUGCUGGAGAAGAUGUACGACGUCAGAGGGAAGCGUUGCCAAGCGGAGGGUUGCAUCAGGCAGCCUGGAUUCGGACAUCCGCUGAAGGACAAGGGCUCAGUCCGCUGCCACGAGCACAAGCUGCCAGGGAUGACCAAUGUCCGGAGGCGAAGGGCGCUACAGCGCCAAGCUCUUCAGCAGGACGCCGCUGCAAACUAUCAAACCUCGAACCACUCUCAGGCGGAGAUACUGCACCAUCAGCAGCAGCUGCUGCUGCUGCAGCAGCAGCAGCAGCAACAACAACAGCAGCAACAGCAGCAACAGCAGCAACAGCAACAGCAGCAGCAGCGGCAGCAGCAGCAACAGCAACAGCAACAGCAACAACAGCACCAGCGGCAGCAGCAGCAGGCAGGCGACCCUUCAACUCACAGUCAACCGAAUAACGACGGGCAAGAACCUCCCGCCGCAGGCUGCCACGCAGGCGGCCACGCAGAGCAGCAGACCAGUGCCGUUGUCGAAGAUACUUCGGACAUGGCGGCGACUACAUUGGCAGCGGCCGCGUUCGCAGUAGGAGAUCCAACCCCACCUCCUUCUUCGCUCGGUGAGCAUGACGUGAAACCUAUUCCAGUAUCUACCCUUCCCCGUCCCGCCGCUACUAUCGCCCCGCUUGGAGCUCCCGCCGCGGCGUCGGUUGAAGUCGGGGGUUUCGCCGCGUUUCCGCCGCCGUCAGCCGGCAUUUGUGCUGUGGAUGGUGCUGUUCCGUUGACGCACGGCGGUGUCGUUCUUCCGGGGGGCUGGGUUGGGGAGGGGCAAGGCAUGGCUGACGCGGAGGGUGUGUCGCACGUGCUUUUCAUGAUGCAGCAGCAGCAG